UGUGCGAUUUCAGACACAUACGGAUAUCAACCAGUCUUUUGCAGAUGCAGCCCUUGCAUCUCUGGGAAAAAAGCAACAGCCACCUGAACUGCAAAUCACAACAUCCAAACCACCAGCAUGAGCUCACCGGCGCAAGGGGGCCCUACGGUCCCGAAGGACAAGGAGAGGAGGGGAAUUGGGAAAGUCCUAUCAAGGGUUAAGACUGUGUUCAGGAAAGCAGAUCCAUCUCGUCGGCGGUCCACGCUCGCCCCAACACAGCCCGGCACCUCAACUGCUGCUCCUGCAACGACAAGCAAAGCUGCAGAACCGGCAUCAGCCGCGCCGGCCGGUCCGUCAGCCGUAGAAGCCACCGUCGUUCCAAGGUCCCAGAUCUUUGAAGCGCGUGCGAAGAAGAUCGGCGAACUGUACGGUCUGGAGAUCAAGCCCAGCGAGUGGCACUCGACGGAGGGCAACGCUCUUCGGGUAGAGAAGCCCAUCCGCAUGCGUGUGCACAGGAAGUGUCAUCUCUGCAACACCUCGUUUGGCCUCGGUAAGGAGUGCGCCAAGUGCAAGCAUAAGCGCUGCAAGCAGUGUCCCCGGGUGCCUCCGAAACGAACCGAGGCGGAGAGGGAGGAGAGCCGCAAGAAACGUGCGGCUAUCCUCAAGGAGCGUGCGGAGAACGCGCCUAUCAUUCCCGACUGGGACCCGACGCCCAAGAAGAUUGUCCUAAAGCGGCCGGCCAAGACCGGGGGCCAGGAUCUCAUCUAUAGGAAGCCCCGGCAACGCAUCCGAAGAAUAUGCUGCCAGUGCGAACGACUCUUUGCCGGCUCCAAGACCUGCGAAGGCUGCCAACACACCCGUUGUACCGAUUGUCCCCGCGACCCGGCCAAGAAAGACAAGUAUCCCUACGGGUACCCUGGAGAUGCUCCAGGCGUCAAGAUCGGCCAUUACCACUGCACCAAGUGCAAACAUAUCUUCUCGAUCCCGCCCCUAGACGAGCCAUCUUGUGUCAAAUGUUCUCACGAUAAAUGCGACCGGCUCACCCCGAGGAAGGUUGAACCAGAACCAGACCCCGAAGUCCUGAAGAGCAUACAGGCCAAAUUCGAAGCUAUGAAACUCAAGUGACGAUAGUCGGGUAUUGGCACUCGGGUCUGGAGGGCGUGGAGAGCCCGGUAGGCGGGCGGGAUGUGUCCAGUUCUCUUCUGGCAUUCUUUCCCAUGGAUGCAUUCAUUUAUCCCUUCUCGAAAAGCAUGCACCUCAUUAGCCACGGAAUCUCUUGCGUUUCUUAUCAGCGAGCGUUAGGGGAGAGCUUUUCUGCCUCCAAUCGUCACGUCGACUUCCAUCAUUGCCCGCUCACCAAGGGCCCACGAAUACCCCUUUUUUUUGACCGAAGCCGGCACGAAUAAGAUGGCUCACGAAAAAGAGUUCUUUUACAGUUGAUCCAGCAUCUCUGAUGGGAACCAAGUACCACCAAAAGACAUGCGAACACGACCGGAUUGCAUCUAGACGGCGACACAUUGCAUCACCCUGCUUCAUCACAGCUGCCAG